GGAAGCUUGUUUCCCUUGGUUGUACGAAGGAAAGGUAUUUUCCUUCGGGUUGAAGUCUUGGAGUGCGGUAUCUCCGAGCAAGUGUUGUUGAGGCUCGUGGGACUCGAGUUCUCAGGUUGUAACGGUUUGUUAAGCACCCGUAAGCUUAACGGAAGUAGUGUAGCUCGAGAGAGUCUCUCGGGAGGCUGGAUUAGCCACAAGUUGUGGUGAACCAGGGACAUAUAGCUCCCGUGUGUUUCACUAGACAUAGGCACUUGACCUUUAAUGAAACACACACCAUAUUUAGUGCUGACGAAAAGAAAUCCUUUGGAAAAGGAUAUUCGAAUCAUAAACAAUCUCCACAGGAUAGUGCACAAAAGAAACCGUAUUAUUUCUUCUACUUUGACGAAAAGAAGAAAGUCCACAUUCCGUU